UGCCGCGCGCACAGCUGCCACUACCUAACAUCACCUUUAUGUUGAACACUGGCUGCUGUUCCUGCUUCGAAAUGGCUGUCUCGUACUCCAAGAUGCUGUUGAUACUUCUAGCCAUCAGUGUUUUGUGUAGCGGUGCUGCAACAUCCGACAUGAACCCGGAACGAGAUCACCCAAGGGCCGGGAAGCCAGGACCAUCUCAGUCAGCAGUCUACCUCCUGGCCAAUAAGCGCAGCGCCGAGUUUGUGCCCAGUGACCGGGUUUAUGCCCACAUGACAUCCUAUUUGUCGAAGAGACUCCAUGCCCCUUUUGAAACACAGAGAGAAGACAGAAGGUCAAGUCCACGACCAGACAGCAUCCCCGGCAUCGACAUCAUAGCUUCAAUGACAAGGUCCUUAAACAAGCUGAGAUCAAGGAAGGCACAUGGUUACUCCGUGUCAGGUGCUCCCGGUGCCUCAGCUGAAGACAGUCAUACGAUGAACAAGACCCAAAUGAACCAAGAGUCUCAUGAAGACAAGUUACGUGCCCCUAGCACAGCUGAUCAUGCCUAUCGGGACGCGGAAGUGAGCUCUUCAAAGAACCUCUUCCUCAAGAAACUGAUUGAAAACGCUGUCAGAAUGCUUUACCUUUCCGUUGAUGUUCCAGCUCCUACCACGUACCCAUUUUACUCGGAAUCUGCACAUCAAGUUCAGCUUCCAGGCCAAGGUCAUGGAUUCAUGAAGAGAAAGGCCAAGCCUGACCCAAGCUUGUCAACAGAGGGUAAACGACCAUUUGAUCGUCUUGCAAGUGGAGCCACGGGGAAAAGAUUUGUCAGCACGGGACAUUAUUUCAAUAAACGCCCAUUUGAUCCGCUUGCAAGUGGUCUCAUUGGGAAACGAGCUGUGGAAAUCCCUGCAGAUGCUCAACUACAGAAACGACAUGUUGAUUCUCUGGCCGACGAUCUGAAACGGAAACGGGGUGCUGUCUUGCCAUCAGACAAACUCUUCAUGAAGCGCCCGUUUGAUCCUCUCGCUAAUGGGUUGAUUGGGAAGAGAUUCUUGAGUGCAGAAGGCCCUGCUGAAUAAAUAUGUAAAUAUGUUACUGGCAGCGAUGCUUUUUACGAUUUGAGUCCUUUUAUCCAAAGAGAUAUUUAUCGUAAACAUAUACGUAUCAUCAUAUUUGUUCACAUCUUCCCGAGAAGCCAGGCUUUGAUAUAGGCUAGUACACAUUUUCGCCUCGGGAAGAUGGUUUGUUCAAGUUUUACUGUUAUGUUGUCAGCAGUCGUUGUUCAAUGGGAUAAUCGAAGCCCAAUCUCGUCUGAAUAUUCUAUGGCGUAUCUUUAUUAUUGAUAAUAUUCAGAGAAACACACACACACAUCUAUUUCGUCAUGGUAACAGAAUUGUCGUAUUCAUAAUAAUUUGAAUAAGCUGAAAUUGACAAACAAAGGAGGUGAUUGCAUUGCCAUGGAAACAUAUGACAUCAACCUCUGUGUCAUGACGAUAGAACAUUUCAAGGUGUUUGUAUCCCAGCUGUACAAGUGCUUAUACGAAGAAAGUGCCGCAGAAAAUAUGUAUUAUGUUUUAUAUGAAUAAAUAAAACAGUAUUAGUGACAAUUUGAUCCCCGAAACUAGAACAUUUGAAAACUUAGCGUGAUGUUUGUCUCCAAAGUAGAUCAUCCUAGUGUUGGUAAUAGUCCGCCAGUACAGUUCGAUGUUAUUUGAAAAUUAAAAUCUCGUUAAACCGUUUCAUUUUAAUUUCUUUGAAAAUCUAUUUGAAAAUCGGGCGUUUGUAUGGACCUUGCAGUUAAAGUGUUUGUCGUUAUGCCCAAACACGGUUUCGAAUGACCCAUUGGGUAGACUGUGUGUGUUUCUCAGGAAUGUAGGGUUACUCUUCUCAGGAAUCAUGCAGAACAAUUAGUACCUUUACGAAAUACUAUGUAUUUUGUUUAAGGCCACGAGUGAGUGUAGUUUGGAAUGAUCUCAGUGUCUCACAACCCACGAGAUAUCAUCAGCUCGCAACAUGAUUUUUACACUUAUCACUUUACCGACGCAAUUACUGGAAUGUAAGUGAGUUGAUUUGAAGCCGCUUUGAACAGUUCUUCCGUUAUAUUACGACGUGUCAGCUUAACGUGGGAGGAAAGUGAAGCAGGUCUUAGAUGUUAAUCACUUUGGUGAAACCGACGAACACGGGUAUGAGGCUGACAAACCUAGAAUAAAAUCAGUGCGAUUAUGGGAUUUGAACCCGCGAUCAUUGGAUGCUGGCGUGUCGAAGGGACGUAACUCCGACAGCCUGACUACCUCUUUUCUGCAAAUGAAAAAUUGUCUAGACUGUUUUGUGUUCUGGUAUUGCUUUGUUGUAAAGGCAUUAAUAGCCAAUUCGCCAUUCGAUCUGAAAAUGUUCAAUAUUUUACUGAACAAAUAUUAAACAUAGAAGAUGAAUAAAAUUGUGUUAUUAAAUCA